AUGUACGCGCCAUACGAGCCCGAAAUUCUUGUUGAUGGUCAGGCCUACUUCCCAUCGCCCUACAGCCUCGACCCGCUCCCGGAGGUUCUUCGCCAUGGCCUGGUGGCAGUCGGGUUGAUGGCCUUGAUCUCGGUCGCUUCCACCUUAGUUCUGCUCUGCUUUAUUGGCUACCGCUUUCUCACCUGGCGUCUGCACUAUCGCACUUUCCUCGGUUACAACCAGUACGUUGUCCUCGUACUCAACCUUCUUCUGGCGGAUAUACAGCAGUCUUCAGGCUUCCUCAUCAGCUUCCACUGGAUUAGCAGAGGCAGCAUUCUCGCGCCGUCUCCGGCCUGCUUCGCUCAGGGAUGGCUGAUCCACUCGGGAGAUGUCGCCAGCGGACUUUUUGUGCUGGCGAUAGCCCUGCAUACCUUCUGGACUGCGGUGUAUGGAAGGCGCAUCAGCAAUCGAGUGUUUGCGUCUUGCAUUGUCGCGCUGUGGGCAUUCUCGUUUCUCCUCGCAGGCACUGGUGUUGGCAUCCACGGCGAUAAGUACUUCGUGAGGGCGGGCGCUUGGUGCUGGAUCUCUUCGGCGUACGAGAACGAUCGUCUGCUGUUCCACUACCUCUGGAUUUUCAUCAUCGAAUUCGGGACUAUCAUUAUAUAUGUUGUGACGUUCUACGAGCUGCGCAAGAAGACAACGAUGCUGUUUAAUGGUCAGCAUCCGGGUGGCGACGCGCCGAAUCGAACGACCAUUGAAGCGGUGAACCGCAUCACCACACUCAUGACGGUAUAUCCGUGCGUCUAUGUUCUCUUGACCCUGCCGUUAUCCGCGGGCAGGAUGUGGUCCAUGGCGCAUGAUGGACGUGCUACGAGUAGCGUCUUUGCUUGCAUCGCGGGCUCACUGAUCACCAGUAGUGGAUGGGUGGAUAGUCUCCUCUACACACUGACCCGAAAGCGUCUCCUAAAGGACACGAUGCCAGGACAAAGCUCGUCACGGCGAAACGGAGACGGUAGCGACGCCUGGGAAGCCACCGAGCUCGGCACCAAAGGCAUCACCCAUACUCGGACCGUUACCGUGGAAGGCGGACAGAUCAUGGACUACACGCCGGAGCCACAGGAAAGCGAUGAUAGCUCGCCGCCACGCCCGCGUCAUCUCUCAGACAGCGGCCUGCCGCUCGCUAUGGAUCGCCCGCCGAGUCCAAACGGUAGUGUUGACCCCAUCCUAACCGGCCGAGGUCGCAUCGGAAGGAAUAAGACCGAGAUUACCGUAGGCACGCACGAGAUGUAUCCCGACGACCACGAGACACAGAGAAUAGCGGAGCUGCCCGUCUAUAUUGCACGACCUGACUAG